UAAAAGCACAUCACCAUGUUAAUCUAACACCUAUUGCUACAUUUUAUCAUGUAUCUUUAACAAGAAAACUGGUUUCACUUCCAUUGAGCUGCUCAGGACAUCAGGAGCCGUCCUGCUCAGACUGCAUUGGUCAGCAUCUCUGGUCAGAGAGGAAAAAAAAAUCACAGAUAUGUCUGUCCUGCAGGAGAUCAGCUCCGAUGUAAGAAAUAUGAAACAGAUGGAGAACUUCGUCUUGUUCAGGCGAACCAACGAGAUCAAGGAGGAGCUCAGACGGGGAGUAAGAAAGUCCUACAGAGAGGUGAUUGAUGUCUCCUGGGGUGACCCACACAGGGCAGGUGUGAAACCUCUUUCUUUUGUAAGACAGGUUCUUGCAGCUUGUCUCUACCCUGAGCUUAUGGAUGGAGACAAGCUGAUGGUAGAUGUCAAGCAGAGGGCUCAGCGGCUGCUGGGAACAUGUGCAGGAGGGAGUGUAGGUUCUUACUGUGCCACAGCAGGAAUACCACAAAUACUUCAGAGCAUCUCCCAAUACAUUAUGAGACGGGAUGGAGGGGUUCCAUGUCACCCUGAAAACAUUUACAUCAGCCCUGGCUCACAGUGGGCACUCACGAACAUUUUAAAGGUCUUGGUGAAUUCCGAGGCCUCACCCAGAACUGGAGUGCUGAUCCCAGUGCCGUGCCACUCCACCACUAUCAUAUCCCUAACGACGCUGGGAGCGGUGGCGGUUCCCUACUACCUCAGAGAGGAGCGGGGUUGGGCGCUGGAGAUGGAGGAGCUGCAGCGAGCUCUGGACUCUGCAAAGGGAGUUUGCAACCCGGUUGCUCUGUAUAUGAUCAACCCUGGAAACCCAGCUGGUUAUGUUCAAAGCAGAAAAUCCAUUCAAGAGGUGAUCCGUUUUGCUGCAGAGAAGAAGCUUUUUCUUCUAGCCGAUGAGGUGUACCAGGACUGUGUUUAUGGGAAGGAAAGUGAGUUUGUCUCUUAUAAAAGAGCUCUGGCUGAGAUUGGGGCUCCUCUGUCAGACUCAGUGGAAUUAGCAUCCUUCCACACGGCCUCGAAAGGCCUCAUGGGAGAGUGCGGUCUGCGUACUGGCUACGUUGAGCUUGUGAACCUUGACCCUGCUGUAAUGAAGCACAUCAACAAUCUAUUCUCCACCAACUCCUGUCCCAUUUUGGGACAGAUUGCUCUGGAUGUGAUGGUGAAUCCUCCACAACCAGGAGACCCCUCAUACCCUCUCUAUUUGAAGGAGACGCAGCACAUCAGGGCCUCGUUAGCUCAAAACGUGAGGAGGGUGGAAGAAGUCAUCAACAGCUUCCCAGAUUUUAGCUGCCAACCACUGGAAGGAGGAGCAUUUGCAUUCCCAAGAGUGUUUCUUCCACCCAAAGCCAUUGAGAGAGCCAAGGAGGCUGGACUGCAACCAGACACAUUUUACUGCUUGAGACUUCUGGAGGAGGCCGGAGUGUUGUUUAGUCCUGGGACUGAGUAUGGACAAAAGGAGGGCACCUACCACAUCAGAUUUUGCAUCAUGACCCCCACAGACACCAUGGAAGAAAUACUGAGACGUUUGAGCGCCUUUCACGAACAGUUUAUGAAGGAGUUUUCAUGAAAACCAAAAAAAAGUCUCUUCUGAUCUUGCAGUCAGUAAAA